AUGCCAUCAUCCGUCGACCCCGCGAUCCUCCGAGCCCUCUCGAUAGAGAACACUUCCCAGAUCUCCCGGCAUGGCGGGAGCGGGUUUGCAUCUACGUUCCGAAUCACCACGGCUUCGACCUCUGUCUUUGUCAAGACGUCGUCCUCGGGCGGAGCAGCAGUCAUGUUCGAGGGGGAGCACUGCUCUCUGAACGCCAUCCACCACGCGGUCCCGAGCUUGUGCCCCCAGUCUUUUGCCUGGGGAAAGCUGGACGGUGGCGGCUUCUUCCUCGCAACCGAGUUUCUUGAUCUCGGAGGUGGGCUGUCGAAGACAAGGGGACAAAGCUCGACCAAGGGCAGCGGACUGAGCCUGGCUGCAAAACUGGCGAAGCUGCACACCACCUCUGCGCCGACGCCUGACGGGUGCGAAUCGCCGCAGUUUGGCUUUCCCGUCACCACGUGCUGCGGUGAUACGCCGCAGGACAACACCUUCACGUCGUCAUGGGCCGACUUCUUCGCGAACAGCCGGCUGCUGGCCAUCCUCGAGCGCGGCGAGCAGAGCAAUGGCUCGGACCCGGAACUGCGCAGGACGGUGGAGAGAACCGUGAAAGAAGUCGUCCCGCGGCUUCUCGGCGACGGCCAUCUCGGGGGCAAACAAGGGAUCCGGCCCGUCGUGGUGCACGGCGAUCUAUGGUCCGGGAACAAAGGUAGGGGCAGUUUCGUCGGGCGCGACCAGGCCCCGCCUGACGGGGCCGGUCCCGUGGAAGACGUGGUCUACGACCCGGCAGCGUGCUACGCCCACAACGAGUACGACUUCGGCAUCAUGAACAUGUUCGGCGGCUUUCCCUCGAGCUUCUGGACCGAGUACCAUUCUCGGGUGCCCAAGACCGAGCCGCAGAACGAAUAUGCCGACCGAGUCGCGCUGUACGAAAGUUAUCACCACCUCAACCACUACGCCAUCUUCGGCGGCUCGUACAAGUCUGGUGCUAUGACUAUCUUGAACGGUCUUUUGAGGAAGUAUGGUGACAAAUGA